AUGAUCCCGGUGAUAUUUGUCCUGUUUCUUCUGGGGCCAGCGUCUGGUAACUCUGUAAUUCCCCGCGAUACUCCAUCCGGGUCAACCGGCUCCCCAGCACCGUCAUCUGCGCCAAUCACUCUAUCGGUCCCCUCGUCUGAACCGACCUGCUACACCAGCAGCCAAUGGCUUGUGAUCUCCAAUACCAGCGUCUUCUGGCCCACAUCCACGGACUACCUUUACGGUCCGACCACCGGACCCGGUGCAUCUGACGUGAUAUGCGCUGCGCAAUGGAUGCAAUACGAUGAACGGUCAAGGGGGCUCUCACGUCUAGGCCCAACCAAGACCACGACCGUGACAUUGUACACUCCCACCAGCACGGGGGCCUGCAGAACGAGCAUCCGCCCCGAACUAUACUCGGAUGUUCACACUGGCCCAGUGACCACCCUAUGCGAUGGGGUUGCCCGGGCUCUCGGACCACGCGAAACCGCAACAGAGUACUUCCCAGGAACAGGACCAUGCAGCUCAUUCAGCGAGUCGGAGAUCAAAACGACCACAGUCAACCGAGAACCCUCGGCAUCCCCGACAUGCCGAGGGGAGCUAGAAGGGUGUAUCGGGGUUUGGCAAACAUACAGUAGUCUUUCCAGCGAGUAUGCAGCAUCAGUUACAUCCCCGAUUCCAGGCGAUACAAGGAGUCCAUUACGACCAGCUCACUGUCCCAAUACGGCACGAGAAUACCCCGAAGAAAAUCCUUGUUCCCAAUGCCACUUCAUUCCAGGUACAGCGACAAUGUUCUACUGGCCUGUAACAACGGCCAACGGAGACCUGUGUGCUCAAAACGGGACAACUAUCCCCGCUACGCCGACAGGCGAUGGCCCUAACACUGCCAUCCUGGAUGACUAUACCCUCGUCUCACCCAGCGUAUAUAUAUCCUUCACCUCUAUUAAUGCCUGGAGUAACCGUCGUCAUGGUCAUCAAUGUGGGGAGCGCCAUCUCAACCAGCUCAUCUCCGUCCAUCCCACUGCUGUUACGUCGCUCCGUGACCACCGCAACGCCCGCUACCCCAGUGAGGGCACCCCGUAUCCGUUUAACUUUGCCGAGUUCCUGCCCCAGACUAUUGGUAAUUAUACCCAGUCCCUGAUCCCCUGGCCCCAGUAUCGCGGUGGCUCGCAGUGCCCCCUAUAUGAUCCCUCUUGUACUAUGGUUCGGGAUGAUUAUCUGCCGUAUAUUGAGGUGCCGAACGAGGCGGCCGAAAUUGAUCCGCAUUGGCAGAGGUGUGAUCGGAGAUGGCUUGUCCCCAUGGUUACGAUGGUGCCGAUUAUUGAUGGCACUGUCGUCGCUCCUACUCCUACGCGUGAGCCGGAGAUCAUGUCCAUCGACGCAGAUGCUAUGCCAGAAGGUAUGGUCGAGGCGCCGACGCCGACGCCGACUGCUGAGCUGGGGUGGUGA